AUGGACGUGCAGCUGCACCGCCUCCUGCCUCUCCUCUCUCCUCCUCUCAUGGCCUUUCUUCCGCCGCGGCGACCACUCGGCUGCGCGAGAUGCGGCGGACCUCCACCCCAUUGUGAUUCUACCGGGCCACAGCUGCAGCCAGCUCGACGCGCGGCUCACGGAGGAGUACGAGCCGGCAGCGGCGCCGAGCUGCGACGCGCGCAAGGGGAAGGGGUGGUUCCGGCUGUGGGAGAACCGCACGGCGCUGCAGGACCCUGCACUGCUGCCGUGCUACGCGGAGCAGCUGCGGCUCGUAUACGGGCCGGCGCCGCCCGGGCAGCCCGCCCAGCACUUCGCCCACUUCGUCUCGUCCCUGCGGUGCUCGUAGAGCGUGCCAGCGUGAGGAGUGGGAACAAGCCGGUCAUCCUGGUGUCGCACAGCCAGGGCGGCAUAAACGCCAUGGCAUUCCUCGCCCAGAGCCCCCUGCCGUGGCGGCGGAGGAGCUUCGAGAGCACAUUCCUCACCCUACCGUCUCCCAAGGUGUUCGGCCACACGCCCCUGGUGAUCACGCGGGCGAGGAACUACUCGGCGUAUGACAUCCCGGAGCUUCUGGCGGCGACCGGAUUCUCCGACGACGAGGUGGCGCGCGUGCUCAACUUCAGUGCACCCAUCGUGCCCGUCACGUGCAUCAACGGCGUCGGCGUGCCGACGCCGGAGCUCGUGUACUGGGACGACGUCAACGCGGAGCCCAGAGUUGUGUACGGCGAUGGCGACGGCAACGUCAAUCUGGCUAGCGUGCUGGCGUUGGACACGGUGAUUGGGAAGUACCUGGGUCAGGAUUACUACAAGUCCGUCUUGAUCCCCAACGCGACGCACACCGGGAUCUUGGCGGAUGAUUUCGCUCGCCAGCGCGUCGUCAGCGAGAUUCUUCAAGCAAAUACCGCUGUUUAUUAA